UACGUAGUACUUCCUUUUUCUUCUCGCAUGGCAGAUUAGCUCGAGAAAUUCAUGAUACAACUGUUGGUGUAAUUGACUUUCUAUAAUAUAUCUCAAUCAUGCCCAAGAAUAAAGGAAAGGGAGGUAAAAAUAGGAGGAGAGGAAAGAAUGAGAAUGAAACAGAAAAGAGAGAAUUGGUUUUCAAAGAAGAUGGUCAAGAAUAUGCACAAGUUACCAAAAUGCUUGGAAAUGGACGUUUAGAAGCAAUGUGUUUUGAUGGAGUAAAACGAUUGUGUCAUAUUCGAGGAAAGCUUCGUAAAAAAGUGUGGAUUAAUCAAGGUGACAUUAUUCUUAUUGGUUUACGUGAUUAUCAGGAUGCUAAGGCAGACGUUAUAUUAAAGUACACUGCAGAUGAAGCAAGAAAUUUAAAGACCUACGGAGAAUUCCCAGAAACUGUCCGUAUAAACGAUACAGUCACCUUCGUAGAAGAUGGUUUUGAUGAAGAUAUUGAGUUUGGUGAUGAAAUUAGCGAUGAUGAUGAAGAUGAUGUGGACAAUAUGUGAUGAUUUAUAAUUUUAAAAAUAUAUAGAAUGUAAUAUCAGAAGUAUAUUAACUACUAUGUGAAAAUGCUAAACCAUUUGCUAUUCAUAUAUAACUUAUAUCAAAUGGUCUUUAUCAUUUAUUUGAAAUAAAUUGCUUCAAGUUUUUCUAGAUUCAAGUUAUAGUCUUGUCAAUGAAAGAUCUUGUUUUCGAAGUUAAUUCCAUUGAAAAAUAGAUACUGGUUAUUUUAUUAUGUGAAUAUUAAACUUAUGUUACUUUUGCUCUAAGUGAGGUGACCAUAUUUCUGUCAAAGCGUGGUUAAUAGCUUUGAUUAUAAGAUGUAAGAAAGUUAUUUGUACAAUUAUAGCGUAAAAACGAUCAAUUUUACGUUCACAAUUUUUAAAAGUUUUGAAAUUCAAUUUGAAUUAUUUUGCAAAAAUUAUU